UUAUUGGGCUACCAAUGGUUAAGAGUCUGACAAUGAUCGGGGUUGGUUUCCUGCCCGUAAUUUCGUAAAAUGAUGAGAAAUUAAUGUAAAAUGGCUCACAGGGACAUUCUAGAUGGUAAAGGCGAACGUGUUGUGAGGCCCAAGGCUCCAACGUCUGGGCCGCACGAGAUGGUGGUGACAGAAAUGGAGAAUUCAAGUGCCCCAAAACAGGAUCAAACGGAAAUCUUGCAAAGAUUUGCAGGCCUGGGUCUGGGCAUCGCCACCUUACUCACCGAGAACGUCUUGUCGCAUCCCUUCAUUGUCUUCAGACGACAGUGUCAAGUAAACCAUCAUGCUUAUCGAUAUCACCUUCAGCCCUUCUCUGUGGUGCAGGUCAUCGUAAACCUCCAAAGACAUCAGGGUAUAGCUACCAUGUGGAAGGGGCUUGGAAGUGCCUUUGUAGUCCAGGGUAUCGGUCUGGGCAGUGAGACUGUCAUCAGUGAGCUCACACCCUUGGCAAAGGAAAUCCAUGUUUACAGUACCAUCAAGCAGCUGUGUGGGCAUCUAGCUUUGAAAGCCAUCGGUGCUGCCAUCACCAUGCCGUUUGUCUCAGCUAGUCUGGUAGAGGUUGUACAGAGUGACAUCGCCAGCGAGCGGCCAGGGGUCUUUGACUGCAUCAAGGAAGGCCUGUACCGUCUGCUGGGCUGGGGCAUCCCUCAGACAGCCAACCUGCUGCCCAUGUACAGCCUACUACUCCCCACGGUGCUUCAUUCCCUACUCAAGUACAUCCUAUCCUCUGUUGUACAGUUUGUCCUGCUGCAGAUCAUGAGGCGCAUCCGUGAGAGCCGUGAUAGCAGCACGGAUGGACACUCCGAAACCCUACCUGCUCCAAAAAGCGUCAUGGAGGAAUACUUUCCCCAACUCCUUGCCGCGUUCGCCGGUAACUUUGUCACCGAUGCAUUGCUGUAUCCGCUCGAGACCGUAACCCUGAGAUUGCAUCUCCAGGGUACCAGGACGAUAAUCGACAACACGGACCAUGGCUACGGGGUGAUCCCGAUAAGCACGCGCUACGGGGGAUUCUUUGAAUGUUGGGCGACCAUCGUGGCCGACGAGGGGACGGCGGGACUGUACAAAGGGUUUGGCGCCCUCUUACUGCAGUACGCGCUCCACGCCGCAAUUUUGAAAGUCAUACAAGUGAUCUUCACGAAGCUGGCUGAGGAUUUCAGUAUCGGAGUGAAGAAAGAGUCUGCAUCGCAAUAACACACUGUGCACGUAGGCAUCAAUUGUUCCGCUUGAGAUGAAUUUUUAGUAAAGUUAGAAGGUUCAUACAUUGCAGAGAAAAUAUUUCAAUAAAAACCAGUGGAAAUUGAUGUACAUGUACAAGUAAUUUCCAGUAAAUCUGAAGUUGAAUUCGCUCGGUCUUCAUUGGAACAUGAGCAUUUGGACCCUUGAAGAUACAUAUGUUAAUAUUAUGAGCAACUCUCAAACAUAAGGGUUCUUGAUAGUUAGCAACUACGUAAUACACUGCAUCUGUUUUUGGUUUGUUUUAUGCCUAUCAUCCUUUGUAUUUCCAUUUCAAUAUUUCCCGAGGACCAAUCGACUAUUAAGGAUUUAGUCAUAAGCCACACCCACCUUUGGUUUGUGUACAUUUCUCCCAUUACUAUCGUAGUCACCUGACCAAAAGUCUUCAUCUAAUUGGUCAAUGCACACUUUUUGAUUGACAGGCAGGAAUGACCCAUAUGUCUAUUCUAUCAUUUUAUUAGUCAAAAACUAUCGCAUGCCAAGUUUGUAAUUAGUAUCUGUGAUUUAACAAUUGUUGACUGCUGUGAUGUGGGAUAUGACAUUUUUAACACCUGAGGGGCGCAUAGAACCCGAGGUGAAGCCUAGGGUGCUAUGUACCCCGAGGGAAUAUAAACGGCAUAUCCCACAUCACAGCAGUCAACAAUUGUUUUGUUAUAUCGUGCCAAUAACUCAAAAAGAUACAUGGUUGUAAACUCUGUGAGAAAUAAACUAAAUCUCUGCGAUGUAACCUUUGAUAACUGAAGGUUUUGAUGUCCUGCCGGACAUCAGACUGAGCGUUUGACGUUGCAGUUCUAAUUGCGCAAAGAUAUUAGCGCGCCGGCAGGUUCCAUUGUGGGCAAUGAAAGCAGUGCGAUAUCACCCUCAGUGUGUGACAUGCCUUUUUAUUGUCCAGACACUUGGCCAUCCUUAACCAAUGAAAUUACAGUAUCGAAGCACACGAUAUAACAAUUUUGUUUGAUGCAUUUUCCACUGGAAGAAAAAAAAUAACGUAUUUUAUGUUGUCUGUCAUGCUUUUAGUUCUGAAUUUUAUUUCAAAUGUUUAGGUGCAGCCGCAAAGUGCAAAAUGCCAAUUUCAGAGUCACACCAAUAAAAUGUCUAUUUUCAGUGAUUUUAUUCGUUGAACAUCCAAUAUAUUGAAUGUCCAAUAUUGAAUAUGUUAUAUUAGUGCUUUAAACUUCAUUUUAUGGAUUGAUUUAAUUGUUGACUUGCAAUUUUGCUUGCAUUUCUUUACACAUACUUCCAUUUUCCCAUCAGAAUUUUGGAAUCAUGUUGUCCAACAUUCACAAUGUGUUUGAACUUGCCCUUCGUUGUAACUAUAUACCAAUGACGAAUAAAUUUCAAGAAUAUGUAAUAAUGAA